AUGAUGUUUGUCCCACGGCCACAAACAACUCCUGUUCUGGCACCAGUAACAUCAAUUGGUGUCAUUAUGUUCUACCUGUCAUGGACUACAUCGUGCUGCUCCGCAGAUACCAUGGUCGGCUGUGGUGGUUUUAUUCGGUGGCAUGACGCUUCUAACAGCAAAACAAAAAUAGCUUUUGAGCAUCUCAAAGUGCAAUUGUAUUCAGGGCCGGGUGACACGCUGAAAGAUGUUACAGACGUGCUUCCGAACGGAGCUUUCACAAUGCCUCUCUAUGAUCGGGAGCCUUGUCGUUUACGCCUUGCUGCGCCGAAAGGCUGGCAUAUUUCCCCUUCAGAUGGGCACGUUAUCAACCUGAAAUCCGACCCAUAUGCUUGCUCUCGGGACUUUGAUUUCUACAUUAUGGGCUUCGGCAUUUAUGGACAGGUUGUCACAUACGGCAUGAACACUGGUCCGACCGGUCUCAUUGUGCGGUUGACGAAGAACCGAUUUGAGAAGCUCAACACCACUCAACCGGGUGGUUUCUUCUCUGUUGCUCCUCUCCAACCGGGCACAUACGAACUGUCUAUCAGCGACACGGAUCGAGGUGGACCGGAGCACCUUCGAGCUAGAACUAGUAUCACCGUCGUUUCUGACAACGUGAUUCUCACGGAGCCUAUUAUGUUGAUGGGCCAUUUCAUCCGUGGUCAUGUUGUCGAUUUCGAAAGUCAACCACUUGUGGGUGCAACGGUUCUUCUGCUCGCGGACACUUCCGUGGAUACCACUAUGCUCGAUUGUAACCGACUCCUGGACAGUUUGGAUGAAGCCGCAAGCCCACGGCCUGAGCUAACCUUCCGUCUCGUUCCAAUAUGCGUGUGCAGAACAGACGACGGUGGAUACUUCUCUUUUGAUCGCCUUCCCGGUGGAAACUACUCGUUGUAUCCAAAUCACUCUGUUCGAUUUGAUGAUGCUUCUGUGGUCUACGCUUUCCAACCUGAAUUCGUUCAAAUCUCACUGGGUCACUCAAAUGUAGAUUUGGGCCUGUCCACAUUUAAAGCGGAUGCGCUGCGACUCCCACCGGGCCGUCUUCUCUGGCCCGAUGGAACGCCGGUUCCCUCUGCUAAAAUCUAUUUCGGCGCUCGGGAGGAUCCGAUCAUCUCGGAUGUUCAUGGCUACUACCAGCCUGGUUUUCUCAAACCAGGUACCUAUCUUAUUCGUGUCGAGGCUCACGGUGCCGAAUUCAGCGAACACCACCUCCAACUCUCUCAUUUAUCUAGUCGGCUACCGGAUCUUCAACCCCACAAGUUGUCCCUAUGUGGUAUGGUCAACAUCGCCGAGAACCUGACUCACUCACAACUCCACGUGGCUUUGCUGAUUACAAAUGUGGCUACAAAGAAGGUACACCGAGAAGCCAUCGUGUCGCAAAACAGUACGCUACCGUACUGCAUCUUCCUUGCUCCUGGACGUUACCAACUUGCAGCUGAAAUUCAUAUUAGGGGCCCCAGUGAUCGUCAAGUGCUGCUCACUCCUUCAGUCCUGCAGGUCGAUUUGUUGGGAAAGCCAGUAUCAAAUGUCGUGUUCACUCAAUUCCGCGCUCGAAUUCGUGGUCGCGUUGUGCGUCUGCCCGUUAGUUGUUCUGACUCCGAUGUGGAACGGACCUGGCGCGUUCACUUGAAGAGCUUAGACCAUGAGACUUCCCUGUACUCUCGGCUGACGACUUUUAAGGAGAAUCCCGACGUCAGCUACUUUGAAAUUUCCGAUAUCUUGCCCGGCGAUUAUCUUGUAAAUUUCGUUUCCGAAACGGAAAACGGUCUAUUGCAAGCCAUCGAUGGUUGGUGUUGGCUUCCGUCGGACAUGAGCGCUUCUGACGUAGGAACUCUACCCAGGCGCCUUCAUAUCCCAUCUGCUGACCUGAGUUGGGAAACCGAUUCGACACUCGACUUCAUCCAAUCGGGUUACGCAAUCCUUGUAAAUCUCGAGCUCCCAUUAACACUUCGCAGUUGGACGCAAAUUGUCCUGAAAAGCACAACAAACUCCAGUGUCAGGAAUCGUUCUGAAGUUAUCGCGUGGGAGCUACAGACCCGUUCCAACAAGAUCUGCCUACCCCAGACAGAUGUUGUCUACGAAUUUAAAGCGCACAGCACCUGCUUCGUUUUCGACGUCCCCCAUCCCGUCGUCUUGCUUCCGAAAAGCGAGUGUCACCUUUCAUUAGAACAUAACCCCGUCAUUCACUUACGGGUGCAAAAAGUUCCACUCUUCAUACGUUUGUCCAUUGAGGAGCCCUUGGACCACAACGUCACGAAGCUUGUGACACGUGCCCCUCUCGUAAUAGACGUAAUUUACUCUACCGCCGGCUCUUCCAUAACUCCGUCGUCGAAGGAAGGAAAAGUGGAAACCGUGUCGGCCAAGUGGUUUUCAUCAAAUGAUCACGUAUUCGCUGAGACAAUAGUAUGGCAUGAUAUCAGCAGUGCAGUAACUUUCAAACCAAGGCCAGCACCGAACAACGAUUCCAGAUGGUUCUAUACGUACAUGUUGGAUGAUCCUCCGUCUUUGCGCAUCGAUCUCACACAGCUGACGUUUGAAGCGUUCAUGUCGGAUCCAGCGAUUUCUUUUCUACCUCCUUUGAUGGACAGUGCUUCGUCUGCAUCUGCGUCCACACUGAUGAACGACUGCAUGAAUUUGUUUUCCUGGCAACACCUUAACUUCACACUUCAUUUGGCGGUGGUGUUGCGUGGGCAGGUUGUACCGGCGACAUCAAAGGUGAAUGUUGAGCUAUACAGCAACCCUGGGACACUAAGGGAGUCAACUGAGGAUCUGGACUGGCAUACUUACCGUCAGCCUCUACUUCCGUUUCAUGAUGAUAGAACAAUGCCAUCCACCGGCACUAAUCAGUCCAGAGGCACUAUCUCGGUUACAGCGACGGAAACCACCCUCCAAUCGUCUCCGAUAGCAACCACGUUGACUGAUUCCUUCGGGAUGUUUCUUUUCGGUCCCGUUCGGGUUCCAGCUUGUCUUUCAUGGCCUCGCCUGUCGAAUGUGCUGGCAGAUCCGUCGGUUUGCUUCAAGGUUGCUUUACGAAAACCUGGAUACGAGUUUGCUGAAGUACCAUUAGACAGCACCGUGGAUUCGAAGUCAUCCUCAUUGAAUUGGCUAUUUAAGGCAACCAAAUUAUCCCUUGUCGAAGUCGUCGUUAAGGUCAAAUCUGACACUGCAAAUGAAUUGUUGCCUUUGCAAGACGUUUUCGUGUCCCUGAUUGGUGAAGACCACCGUGGAAAUCAGUUUACGGACAAGCUGGGAGUGGCGAACUUCGUUGGAUUAGUCCCCGGACAAUAUUAUCUUCGGGCUAUGAUGAAAGAACACGUGUUCCACAUGGUAGCGCCUCACGACGGUCCUCCAGGCUCAUCUGCUCCCAUUUUGGUCACAGAGGGAAUAUCUGUACAUAUGGAGCUUCUUGCUGAACGUGUCGCAUUUUCCGUCUCGGGUGUUGUGAUUUCAUUGGAUCAGUCGCCACUGGAAAAUGUCUUGGUCGAGGCGCAGUGGCUUCCAAAUUUAACAACCUCUUCGCACAUUGUCAAUUUUGUGCCACCAGCUAACACCUGUCGGCUCACACCAGAAGAUGCUUCUAACGUUCCCCGGGAACAAUCCUGGAGCGAUCUAGACGGUCGGUUCCUUAUCCGCGGUCUCUUGCCUGGUUGUACGUACAGCAUAACGGUGCACACUACUCCAUCAGGUCAAAUCCCUCGUCAUUGCUCGAAUGAACCCCUGCUAUCCACCAACCCUGUCAUCGACCGUACUAUCCCUCCCUCAAUUCACUUACUUAUGCCCUCCCAUGAUGCCGCAGGCCUGACCUUCAUCGCUCUACCCCAAAUGUACAUGUCCACGAUCAGUAUCGACGUGGACACAGACGACGAAUUUGUUCCGGCGUUGCAUCUCACGUUGUUCCCAUCGGAUCACCCGCAAAUGGUUCUGGUGAGACACGAAUUUUCGUCCUCUCCGCUUUUUCGACUGAGUGGCUCCUUAAUGAGCCGAUUCAUCGGCUGUGAACUUGUUGCUCUUCUGGAGCACUCUUUAGAUCCUGCUGCUUACACCGGUAUUGGAACACAGCAGUUUGUUUUCAAACCUAGAGCGAAUAUUAGCGAGUACCACACUUUCAUCUUUCGCCCGAAGCCGCUGCUCAUGGGCAAUCCGAAAUCAGAACUUUAAUCCCUCCGCCCAGUGAUUUUAUACCCACCACAGUUGUUAUUGUCACUUCACUUUUUGCUCCCCACGAACUACACAGUGUUUACGAUUUCACAUCUCCCUCCUACAUUUUGCCUGUAACAUAUGCUCUCGCCUCUCGCACGCAUCUUCAGCUGGGAUGGUACAACACUUCUUGCCUGU